CUGGGGUGAUGUCAAGCCUCGUGCUGCUUGCUGCGCAUUGCUACUGACCGAGCUGGAGCGCCUUGCUUAGUUCGUUGCAUUGCCACUGACCGAGCUGGAGCGCCUUGCUUAGUUCGUUGCAUUGCCACUGACCGAGCUGGAGCGCCUUGCUUAGUUCGUUGCAUUGCCACUGACGGAGCUGGAGCGCCUUGCUUAGUUCGUUGCAUUGCCACUGACCGAGCUGGAGCGCCUUGCUUAGUUCGUUGCAUUGCCACUGACGGAGCUGGAGCGCCUUGCUUAGUUCGUUGCAUUGCCACUGACGGAGCUGGAGCGCCUUGCUUAGUUCGUUGCAUUGCCACUGACGGAGCUGGAGCGCCUUGCUUAGUUCGUUGCAUUGCCACUGACCGAGCUGGAGCGCCUUGCUUAGUUCGUUGCAUUGCUGCUAGCGAACGGAAUGUUGUCUCUCUGUCGCAACGUCGGUUUCCAUACGAUAGCGCUACACUUCCCUUCCCUGCCCGGAGAGGACACCGUGCCAUUACCAUGAGUUGUUUGGAUGUUAUGUACCCAGUCUAUGGACAUUACGCACCGUACGCGCCAGCCACUCCCGCGUUCAUCAACAACUUCCAGGCACCAGUCGGUCUGAGGAGCACCUCUCCUCGCCACAGAGACUUCAUGAUGGAAAGCAGGGGGAUGCAAAGGGGUCCCGGGGGGGUGUCGUCAGGCACCAGCGUGGGCCCCGGCUCUUCCUCUUCCUCAUAUCCCUCCGCCAAGCGACCGGUGGAAGGCCCUAAGGAGAAACAGGAAGUCCCCGAGGCUGAGUACCUGACGUCACGUUGCAUCCUCUUCACGUACUACCAGGGGGACAUCAGCAGUGUGGUGGACGAACACUUCUCCAGGGCACUCAGCUCCUACAUGGAAGGAGAGGGCAAGAGGAGGGCGUUGGACCUGGGCACAGACACCCCUUCACCCAGCAGUCGCCACAGCUUCCCCCCAUCCUUCUGGGAUAGCAACUACCCCUCCCCCCAGUGUCGCUCCCGCUGCGAGCCCAGAGCACCCACCUAUUCCAUGGACCCCUACGCUUCUGGACUCCACCCAGGCCUUCCUCACCCCCACUCACACCUGCACCCAGCAGAGGAGUGGGGCUACGCACAAUGCCAAGCCUACGGGGCCCCCAGGCCCCUCCAUGAACUCUACUCCCCCAGCGGCCUAGAGCCCCACCACCCAUAUGGCCCGCUUCUCAUGCCCACUGUGCGACCCUCCCACCUGGGCACCCUCCCCGGACAACACCCCUACGAUAUCAGCAAGCUGGACCCCACCGCCCCCUGGCCGGGCCUGCUGCCCCCAGGUGAGAUGGCCAUCAACAUGGACGCAGGCCUCCAGCAUCACAAGAAAGGGAAGGAGCUGUACUGGUUUUAACGACCCUCCUCUGUCGCCAUCGACCAGCCAUUACCAGAUCCAAUUUGGACCUCUGGAACUCUACCAUUGAAGCGCCCCUUCCUCCCCCUCCUCCCCGUCCCGUCGUCCCUCUUUAUCCCUCACCCACUACCUCCUCGUCUCCACUCGCCUCCCCCCAGGCCGACAGUGCCAGCUGAGAGGCUCCAGGUCAGUGUGUUUGCACCGUGGAGAUAAGGACUCAUAGGCUGGACUCGUGGAGAGCAGAGCAGAGAAAGAGAGGGACAGAGAGAAAAGGGGUACAGCUUUAGUGACCACUGCUCUGUGUUCUGUGGCGUCUGGCCUCUCCUCUCCUAUCGCUGCUCGGGGCUCAGCUGUGUGGCUGCGGCAGCAUAGAGACCGUUGGAGGCCACUAGCAUGGUGCUGGCAACAGUGACCUGGUUUUGACAGAAAGGCAGAGGGGGAGAGACUUCUUUUGGACACUGGGGAAGAAGAAAUAAAGAUGAAUGAUAUCUGGUAGCCCACUGUUACACUACAUCCCCUUACUGCAUAUUAUCUCUGUGUCGACACUGUAUUCAUCCUCAUCCAUAUUAUCUGGGCAAUUAUCUGCAUGUGAACAAAUGGACAUGCGACCAUCGGUCUGGCUGUGUAUGGAUUUGGAUUGUGACUGUAAUCAUAAUGCUGUUAGUUUUUGUUUUUGUUUUAACACUUCGGUAAGUCAACAACAUCAAUCAGCCCAGCUGAUCAAACUGCUGAUCAAGUAUUCCAUCAUUGUAACGUGUUCCAUUGAUGUUACUGUCGUUUGUUUAUACAUGACAUUUUUUGUCGUUUUAAAAGUCGGAUCUUAGUGUGUCCUUUCUCUUGCUUUUGUCAAGAAAUAAUAUAAUUAUCAAUAAAUAUUUUUAUGGUAAAUUCAGACUUUC